AUCGUUCAGUACGCUCAUGUGUAUGUUUUUGUUGCAUUUUUUACAUUUAAUUUCCAUUCCACUUCUGAAUUGAAAUCUCUCUUCCUUCGUUAUUAUUCACAGUAAGUGAGUAGUUUGCAUCAUUGUUCCGAUUUUUGUUUAGCCGAAAUUCAAAACUUACUCUUUAAAACGAGAACUAAGAUCAUUUCGUCAUUUUCUAUUGGUUGAAAGUCGAACAGAAGAUACACAAUGUUGCGUCCAAUUUCUCGUUCAUUGUGCCGGUUCAAUUUAUUGGGAACGCGAUCCUGUAGCAAUGCAUCGGAAAAACUGGUUAUUACAGAAGUCGAUGAUAAAACAGGUUAUGCCACUGUCACACUCAACCGCCCACCGGUCAAUAGCCUUAAUCUGGAACUGCUGAAGUCCAUCUCUGAGGCAUUGGAUGAGUUACAGAACAAUAAAUCUAGGGGAAUGAUUCUCACAUCGUCAUCGAAAACCGUUUUCAGUGCCGGGUUAGAUAUCAUGGAAAUGUACAAGCCAAAACCCGAGAGGUUGAAGGAUUUCUGGUCCACCCUGCAAGAUGUCUGGUUUAAGCUCUAUGGUUCUGCAUUUCCUACCGUUGCUGCCAUUAAUGGUCAUUCUCCGGCCGGUGGCUGCCUCUUAGCGCUUUGCUGUGAGUACCGUAUAAUGUGUCCUAAUUAUACCAUCGGGUUGAAUGAGACCCAAUUGGGCAUCGUUGCUCCGACUUGGUUCCAAGCGUCGAUGCGCAAUACUAUUUCACGUCGAGAAUCUGAGCUUGCGCUGACGCUUGGUACGCUGUUUUCCACGGACCAAGCAUUGAAGGUUGGAUUGAUUGAUGAAAUUGCGGCUAACAAGGAGGAAGCAAUUGCAAAAGCAGCUGUUUUCUUGGACAAAUUUAGAAAAAUUUCACCUCAAGCGAGAGCAAUGACUAAACAAGCAUUACGAAGCAAGGAUAUCAUGCAAUUGGAGGAUAAUAGGUCCCAGGAUAUCGAUCUAUUUGUUUAUGCUGUUACGCAGCCGAAGGUCCAGAAGAGUUUGGAGCUUUAUCUUGAAGGACUGAAGAAAAGGGCAAGCGCGUGAACAUCGUACUCCGAGCGUGCAAUUUUAUGUUUGCGUUAUUUUUCAUUGUAUUUAAGAAUAAAACUAUUUUUCUAACAAGGUU